GUUCCCUGCAAAAUCGUUUCGGGGAAAAAGAAAACAGAUUGUUUGUUGUUUUCCUCAGGCAAACGAAACCCAACAACGAUCAGUCUUUUUCCUUCUCCAAAGUGGAAAGAAAGUGUGGGGAGGAAGAAGAAUUGAUGGUUAAGGUUGUUGUAACUAAUUAAAUAAAUGCUCUGAGUGGUAUUAUUUUGUGAUUUAAUCAAGAGAGGCAUCACCUGAUGUGGCCUUUAUAUUUUCUGUUGCAUAAGAUUCUUAAAACAGAUGAAGAUGAUGAUGAAGGAUAUGAUGAGGAAUGCAUGAAUGUGGCAGCGCGGUUCGGCCAUUUUGAGCUUUCGUCUGGUAAUAGGAUUAGCCACGACGGGGCGAUGUUGCACCGAUCGCAUUUCGUUCAAGUUUCACUUGUAAACCAAUUGUUCUCUUGGGAUUGUGGACUUGCUUGUGUUUCGAUGGCUUUGACUACUGUCGGUGUCGAUGAUUGCGGUAUCGAGAAUUUGGCUGAGCUUUGCUGCACAACUAGCAUUUGGACUGUAGAUCUGGCUUACUUGCUGCAGAGGUUUUCGGUUAGAUUUUUCUAUUAUACCGUAACAUUUGGAGCCAACCCGAACUACUCUGACGAGACGUAUUAUAAGGAGCAACUGCCUACUGAUCUGGUUCGAGUUGAUUCGCUAUUCAAAAAGGCCGUGGAAGCAGGAAUCGAUAUAGGGUGCAGGUCAAUCAGUGGCGAAGAACUCUCUCGCUGGAUCUUGUCGGGGAAGUAUAUAGCAAUUGCUUUAGUUGAUCAGUAUAAAUUGAGUCAGUCUUGGAUGGAGGAUGUCAUCAUCCAUGGAGUUCACGGAAACGAUGUAGAAUACACUGGUCACUAUGUCGUGAUAUGCGGCUACGAUGCUGAGACAGACGAGUUUGAGAUUCGAGAUCCUGCAAGUUCUAGGAAACACGAGAGGGUCUUGUCGAAGCGUCUCGAAGAAGCACGCAAGUCCUUCGGGACAGACGAAGAUCUUCUUCUGAUAUCCCUCGAGGAGAGCCGGAGACCGAACUACUCCGUCGUAUAAAUUCCGACACUUCAUGUUUAUGUCAUAAUCCGUGCGAGUGACGUACGCACCCGACGCUGUUCGUGUAACUGUUCAUCGACCUCUCACCAUGUUCCACACUGCACAUGUUUCUAGCUUAAUGAAUUGUUGGUAAUCUGCAAAUUGCAGGCAUUUG